AUGGAUGGUAUACCUGUUGCUAUCAAGGAUGAAGUUGACAUUGAUGGAUAUGAUAAGUACCUGUCGAGCAAGGUCAACUUCACAGCUAAUCCUAGCUUCACUUCCUGGUGUGUGAAGAAAUGGGAGGAAGCCGGGGCUAUAGUAAUUGGAAAAACCGUUAUGCAUGAAAUUGGACUUGACACUACAAACAAUAAUCCCGUUGUUGGAACCCCAAGAAACCCCCAUAAUCCAGGAUACUACACUGGAGGCUCUUCAGGAGGCUCUGGGUAUGCAGUUGGUGCUGGUGUUGUGCCUCUUGCCCUCGGAGCUGAUGGUGGUGGCUCUAUCCGCAUUCCCUCUAACUACUGCGGUAUAUAUGGGCUCAAGACAACUCACGGCCGAGUUUCAGCUGCUCCAACGUGUAGACUGGCGACAACUGUAGGAGUCUUUGGCCCAAUGGCAUCCAGUAUCGAUGACCUGGCUAUGGGCUACCGUAUCAUGAGCGCACCUGACCCGAACAAUCCUGUGUCGGCGGCAUUCCCUGACCCCUUGCUGAGUAUCCCAUCUCCGUCUUCCUCUAGGGGCAAGGUUAUCGGUGUAUACAAGGACUGGGUUGAGCGGUCUAACCCAGAUGUCCUAGCCAUGUUCAAUAAGGCUAUUGACUACUACCGUGACGAGCAAGGCUACCAAAUCGUCGACAUCACCAUUCCAUACAUCCCCGAAGGUGGAAAAUGCCAUGCUCUAUCAAUUCUAAAUGAGAUAUCAAGUGGUCUUACCAAAGAACAAAUAUCCCAACUAUCUGCUCCUACAAGGAUCGUCGUCUCCGUGGGCGGAACCCAAGGUCUUGCACAGGACUACUUCGCCAGCCAGAGGAUGCGCCAUCUCCUCAUGAACCACCUUUCUUUCCUCUUCCAAAAAUACCCCGGCAUUGUCAUUGCAACUCCCACAACACCCACAGCUGGCUCCAAGAUUUCUGGGGGCGAAGCUGAUCUUACCAAUGGAAUCAGUGAUUCCAAUGCAACCCUACAAUCCAUGGAAUAUGUAUACCUCGCCAACUUCACUGGGUGUCCUGCCAUUUCAUGUCCAAUGGGCUAUGAUGAUGAACCUUCCGUCCCCGUUGGCCUGAUGGGUAUGGGAGAAUGGGGCAGCGAGGAGGCUUUGAUGGAAUGGGCUCGUGACGGCGAGGGAAUGCUAGGUGAUAAGGGUUUGAGAGCGCCUAAUAAGGAGAAGGGCGGAAAGUGGCUUGAUGCUAUUAAUUUGGCACUUAACCCAAGCACUGACUGA